AUGUUUGGUAAAGCCAGGGGGGAGGAUCUUCCUGGUUCUAUGUAUUUGUUGGUUGCUUUAGCUUGUUGUGUGCCAGCAGACCAGGAAUGGGGUCUGCAUGCCAAAGCCCAAGGUUUUUGUGGGCUUUACCUUCCUUUCCUUCCUUUUCCUUUCAUGACCAUGCACAUUCCAUUGCCAGCUCCAGGAAUACCGCAGUCCCAAAAGGAAAAGCAGGGGCCAAAAAACAUAAUAGAAGUCAGAUUAGUAGAACCAGGAUCCAAGUCCAAGUCCAACUCCAAAGGUGCAGCACUAGCAUCAUCAUACGAUGCCCAGAUACGUCCACUGCUCGAUGCUGUUGACAGGCUCCGGAACCUCAAAGUCAUGCAAGAGGGCAUACAACUCCCAACCAUCGUCGUUGUCGGCGAUCAAUCCAGCGGCAAAUCAAGCGUUCUUGAGUCUCUGGCAGGGAUCAAUCUGCCCAGAGGCCAAGGCAUUUGCACUCGUGUCCCUCUCAUCAUGCGCUUGAAACGUGACAAGUUUGCGGUCAACCCUCAAAUGCACCUUGAGUACCAAAACAAGAUCAUCCACACAACCGAGUCCGGCAUCACAGCCGCCAUUAGCAAGGCCACUAACGAGAUUGCCGGAAGUGGUAAGGCUAUCUCUAACACACCACUGACUUUGGUUGUCAAGAAGACAGAUGUUCCUGAUCUCACAAUGGUGGACUUGCCUGGGAUAACUCGAGUUCCAGUGAAAGGCCAGCCGGAGAAUAUAUAUGAACAGAUCUCUGGCAUUAUCAAGGAGUAUAUUUCACCUAAGGAGAGCAUCAUACUGAAUGUUCUUUCAGCUGCUGCUGAUUUUACCAUUUGUGAGUCGAUUCAGAUGUCUCGACAGGUUGACCGGAAUGGUGAAAGAACACUGGCUGUGGUCACCAAAGUUGAUAUGGCUCCUGUGGGUCUGCAUGAGAAGGUUAUGGCUGAUGAUGUGAAGAUUGGGCUUGGAUAUGUGUGUGUUAGGAACCGUGUUGGUGAUGAGACUUAUGAUGAAGCUCGAGUGGAGGAGACCAAGUUGUUUGAAACUCAUCCUUUGUUGUCAAAGAUUGAUAAGUCUAUUGUUGGGAUUCCGGUGCUUGCCCAGAAGUUGAUGCAGAUUCAGGCUGCCAGUAUAUCCAAGUGCUUGCCUGACAUUGUGAAGAAGAUCAAUGAUAAGCUCAGUUUCAAUGUGCAUGAGCUCGAUAACAUGCCAAGCAAUUUGUCUAAUGUGGCUGAUGCUAUGCGGGCUUUCAUGAAGGUUUUGAGCUGUAUGAAGGAAACACUGAAGAAGAUACUUAUACAAAGGGAGUAUGAUGAAUAUCCUGAUGAAUUUAACAUGCAUGGAGUUGCAAGGAUUGUGGAAAUGCUGACCCAGUACUCUAAGGAACUCCCAGUGAAUCAAGUUAUGAUCAGUGAAGGUGAGUUCUUGAUGGAGGAGAUUAAAAUUCUUGAAGAAGCAAAGGCGAUCGGUCUUCCUAACUUCUUUCCUGAAUCCACAUUCAAGACACUGCUGAAAAGAAAAAUUGAUGAAAUUUCCCACUUUCCUACAGAAUUUGUAAAGAAGGUAUGGAAUUAUAUUGAAGACGUGGUAAUUAAGGUUCUUGUAAGGCAUUCUGAUAAUUAUCCACAGCUUCAGUCGUCCAUGACUAGGGCUGCUCAAAACCUGAUUGAGAAAAUGAAGAAACAGUCAUGCCAAGUGGUGCAAGGGUUGAUUGAUAUGGAAAGAGUUGGUGCUUAUACUUCCAAUCCAGACUACAUGGUGAUCUGGUGUUCAUUGAUGGAAAAACAAGAUCAUUUCUUGGAUUUGCUUCAUGAUCAUUCAAAGUCCUCCAUACUUGAUCUUGGGAGGGUCGGUAAGGUUAAAGUAGAUCAUCUCCGGCAGCAACAGAAAGAGAUGGCCGAGAAAGCUUUCAAUCUGAGAAUGAGGAUGAUUGCAUACUGGAAGAGUGUCAUACUAAGAUUGGUUGAUGGACCGGCAUUGCACAUUAUCUACAAUAUUCAGAAACUGGUGGAAACUGAGUUGGAUAACGAAAUAGUUGAUGAGAUUGCUGGGCAUAGUGGGCUGGAGAGGAUGCUGGAGGAAUCACCGUCAGUUGCUGGGAAGCGUGAUAGGCUUCAUAAAAGCAUUGAAUUGCUAAAGGAAUCUAAGCAGGUUGUUGCCAGGAUUAUGGAUCGCAUUCCACUUCUUGAUGAUUAG